UAGGUGCAGAGUAAUUGGCCUUUUCUAUUGAUCCCAGUAGAAGGUGCAGAGAUGUUUGUUGGUUGUGAACCAUUUAAUAAGAAUACGGAUUUUGUAUUGACUAUUAAUUGAGUUUAGGAUGAUUCAAAUAUGGAGUUAUCUACAUUUCACAAAGCUGUUGUAUCCAUGGAGAAAAUAUUACUACUCUUUUUCUUAUUUACAAUCACACCAUAUGCUCUUGGAGAUACUUCUCCUUUUCCCACUAACUUUCUCUUUGGCACUGCUUCUUCUGCCUACCAGUAUGAAGGUGCUUACUUGAGUGAUGGCAAAGGGUUGAGCAUCUGGGAUGUCUUCACUCACAAACCUGGUAGCACUCAUGAUGGAAGUAACAGUGAUGUUACAGUUGAUCAAUACCAUCGGUAUCAGGAGGAUAUAGAUUUAAUGGAAGCUAUGAAAGUCAACAGCUACCGGUUUUCGAUUUCAUGGACACGGAUUCUACCAAAAGGUAGAUUUGGAAAAGUGAACUUGGCUGGUAUCGACUACUAUAAUAGGCUUAUCGAUGCUUUGUUACUCAAAGGGAUCCAACCGUUUGUUACAUUGUUUCACUAUGAUUUCCCUCAAGAACUUGAGGAUAGAUAUGGAGGUUGGCUAAGUCCCCAAUCACAGGAAGAUUUUGUAUUAUUUGCAGACAUAUGUUUUAAAUCCUUUGGCGAUAGAGUUAAGUACUGGGUCACAUUCAAUGCGCCAAAUGCUCAGGUUUCACUUAGUUACCGUUCAGGUAUUGCCCCGCCACGUCACUGUUCCGGCAUAUUCGGAAAUUGUAGCAAGGGAGACUCAGAGAAGGAGCCCUUUGUGGCAGCCCAUAAUAUUAUCCUGUCACAUGCAGCUGCAGUUCAUAUUUAUAGAAACAAAUACCAGACCGAGCAAGGCGGAGAAAUUGGCAUCGUCAUAAGCUGUAAUUGGUAUGAGCCGUUAAGCGAUUCGGAGGCAGAUAAAUUAGCUGCUAAAAGAGCACAAUCAUUUACCAUAAACUGGAUCUUGGAUCCAAUCUUAUUCGGUAAAUACCCAAAAGAGAUGGAGACUAUUCUAGGAAGCAUAUUACCCAAAUUUUCCGGUAAUGACAUAAAAAAACUGAAUCAAGGACUCGAUUUCAUUGGCAUCAAUCAUUAUGCAAGUUACUAUGUCAGUGACUGCAUAUUAUCAGUGUGCGAGUCUGCGCCAGGAACCUCUACAACAGAGGGUUUAUACCUACAAACUGCACAAAAAGACGGCGUACCAAUUGGAGAGCUUACACCGUGGGCUUGGCUCAAUGUUUACCCACAAGGCAUGAGGAAAAUUGUUAACUACAUAAAAGAUAGAUUCAAUAACACUCCAAUGUUCAUUACUGAGAACGGAUAUGCAGAUUUGAAUGAUCCAGAUAUCACCAAAGAAGAAUAUCUUAGUGAUGUUAAGAGAAUAAACUACAUGUCUGGUCACUUAGAUAGUCUAGUGACAUCAUUGAGGGAAGGAGCAGAUGUGAGAGGUUACUUUGCAUGGUCAUUGCUUGACAAUUUUGAGUGGACAUAUGGUUUUUCAGUGAAAUUUGGACUUUAUCAUGUUGACUUUUCCACACAGAAGAGAACUCCAAAGUUGUCUGCUAGUUGGUUCAAACAUUUCAUUGCUAUGCAUAAAACUGAGAGCAUUAACACGGAGAUGAGAUACUUGAACAAACAGUUCAAGGAAAAUAACUUGCUUAGAACCCUAAGCUCAGAGGGUAGAAUGAAAAACAUGGAUUAACUAGUUUGAAUUAUUGUUCGAGUCUAAUUUAAGUUCAUGUGAUUUAGUUGUUACUUGUCACAACAAGUAACUAAAUAAGUUGGUUCCAUUGAUGGGUCUCAUUACUAUCUAUAAAUCCAACUCGUGUUGUAUGGAGUAAACUAUCAUUGAUUGUAUUCAAAUGUAACACAAUCAUCUGUUUUUCUCAA